UGGUCCCAUUUUCACGGGCAGACAAUCGCCGUAGACCGCUGCUUCUUCUCCAGUGGCCGUCAUGUCGCCGCUGGUAGUCUGCGUCGCCGCCCUCACUGCUGCCUGCUUAGUAGCUCAGACCGACGCCGGGGGCACGGUUGACUGCUACGAUUCACGUGGGCAGCUGAGGCAGCCGCCGCCAACGAAAGACCUGCUCAAGUGGAAGCCCUGGUGCCCCUCUGGUUGUCCACAAGGAGGGUGCGUUCGCUACAACACGUGCAACUGCGGCCGCGGUUACAAGGACGAGAGGACGGACUUUGAGGUGAGGUCCAAGGCCCCCAUCCGCUGCAAGCCGGUGUGCACCAACGGCUGCAUCAACGCGGACUGCGUGGCUCCGGAGACGUGUCGCUGCUGGCCGGGGUACGGCAUGAUGACGGGCAUCAGCAACAAGUGCUUCUGGGGUGUGAUGGGCGUCGCCGUCAUGUCACCGCUGGUAGUCUACGUCGUCGCCAUCACUGCUGCCUGCUUAGUAGCUCAGCCCGCCGCCGGGGGCACGGUUGACUGCAACGAUUCACACGGGCAGCUGAGGCAGCCGCCGCCAACGAAAGACCUGCUCAAGUGGAAGCCCUGGUGCCCCUCUGGUUGUCCACAAGGAGGGUGCGUUCGCUACAACACGUGCAACUGCGGCCGCGGUUACAAGGACGAGAGGACGGACUUUGAGGUGAGGUCCAAGGCCCCCAUCCGCUGCAGGCCGGUGUGCACCAACGGCUGCAUCAACGCGGACUGCGUGGCUCCGGAGACGUGUCGCUGCUGGCCGGGGUAUGGCAUGAUGACGGGCAUCAGCAACAAGUGCUUCUGGGGAGCACAACUGGAACUUGCCGUCAUGUCGUCGCUGGUAGUCUACGUCGUCGUCUUCAUAGCUGCCUGCGCCGCGGCUCAAAGCGCGAGCAAGAUUGUACCAGGACCUGCAGUCAGCGGUACGGUCGACUGCUACGACGAAAACGGGAAGCUGCGGAAUCCACGGCCGACGAGUAACCUGCUCAGCUGCAAGCCAUGGUGCCCUCCAGGCUGUCCAGAAGGGGGAUGCUUUCGUCACAACAGGUGUAACUGCGGCACUGGUUACAGGGACGCGAGAACGCGAGCUGAGAUGAAGGCAAAGGCUCCCGUCAGAUGUGAGCCCGUAUGCAGAUAUGGGUGUGUCAACGGGGACUGCGUGGCCCCAGAGACAUGCGAGUGCUGGGAGGGCUAUAUGAAGGACCCUCUCCGUAUCCACACCUGCGUGUGGGGUGACUAACUGCAUACACAGCUGGCUUCCUACUUCACAGCACCAGAUUCCGGAAGCAGCGAUUAUCUCUUAUCACUACAAGUGUCAAGCAUCAGGAUAUGAGUGUCAUUUCACAGAUAGUACAAACCUUCUUUUCGCAAGGUAAACAUCAAAUGUAUCACUUUUUGGUGGAGCAAAGCCUCUGAAGCUCACUGUAUCUGGAUAAUUAAAGUUAAAUAACUGUAUGUGUUCCUUCAAAAUAAAUAAAUGACACUAAUUAUUAAAGUA